AAUACCAUGGCCACCUAUACACCAUCAUUGAGGCAGAACCUCAGCUUCCUCAACACACUGCAGUUGGUAAAGCCAGAGAGCCUGGAAGACACGGUCCAACCUGUCUGGCAGGGGAUAGUCCUCGAGUGGUUCCUUGGCCGUGAUGGCUACAAGUGGGACUUCAAAGCUUCCACGGUCGCCAACAAUAACAUGCUUAAUGUCACUGUCAUCCAAGUUACGGCACUAGCUCAGAAUCCUCUACAAGUACAAUCAACCGAGUGGACCGAACGUCAAAUCUUACUAGUCCAAUGCAAGCGCCCAUCCAGCGAUAGGGACGAUACCAUCACGAGCCAGUUCAAGGACGAUCUCUCACAAACUUUGAAUUCUUCCGAAAGACUGUUUGAAGCAGUUGCUAUAGGCAAGAAAGUGAGGUUCUACCGAUUCGAUGGACGAGCAGCAAACAAUCAAAACUUGGUUCAACUUCAUCAGGGAACUUUCGAUAUGGACAACCCAAAUGGUAUUGUUCAGGUCGAAAAUAUGAUGAACUAUGUCAAGGCAAAUGGAUGGCAAUGGGCUAGCUCCUAGAUCUAGUGUUUUCAGGGUGAUGCAUAAUCGCUUAUAUAUUGUGUUUGACUAUAGUUAUAUUGAUUUACGAUAUCUCGGUCUAUAAUCUAUAUACCCUACCUCUAGGUCCUGGAAAGAUUCUUUGACAAAAUGAGAAAUACAGAAGUAACAC